CGUUGUGGCUAUCAGGCAUGUCCGGAUGUUAAGUCGGACAUGCUUAAUGUGCAUCUCGUGGCCCACACGCACGAUGAUGUCGGUUGGCUGAAGACGGUCGACCAAUACUACUAUGGAAGUCGAAGUGAUAUUCAGAAGGCAGGCGUCCAGUACAUCCUCGAUUCCGUGGUACAGGAGCUACUGAAAGACACCACCAGACGGUUCAUAUUCGUGGAGUCAGCAUUUAUGAAAAAAUGGUUCGAAGAGCAAAGCCCCAAGCAACAGCAAACUGUGCGACGUUUGGUCAACGAAGGGCGCCUCGAAUUUAUCGGUGGCGCAUGGAGCAUGAACGAUGAGGCGGCCGUACACUAUCAAAGUGUUGUGGAUCAGUUCACCUGGGGAUUGCGUUACUUGAACGAUACGUUCGGCGAGUGUGGUCGACCGAAGGCGGGCUGGCAGAUCGAUCCAUUCGGACAUUCACGGGAACAGGGUUCCCUAUUCCGCCAGAUGGGCUUCGAUGGACUGUUUCAGGGGCGGUUAGAUUUUCAGGAUAAAGCCGAUCGGAUCGCCACGCAAACGAUGGAGAUGCUUUGGAAGACCAGCGGUAGCCUCGAGCAGAGCGAACUGUUCACGAGCGCACUCUACUACAUCUACGCACCACCGCCCGGGUUUUGCUUCGAUGUCCUGUGCAACGACGAUCCGAUCAUCGAUGGAGCGCAUUCGAGGGACAAUAAUGUGCGAGAAAAGAUCGAUCUGUUCCUAGACACGGUGCACAACGUUUCGAAGGCGUACCGGACCAACAACAUCGUGCUUACGAUGGGGGAGGACUUCCACUAUCAGGAUGCGAACAUGUGGUUCAAGAAUCUGGAUAAGUUGAUCAAGUACACCAAUGCUCGACAAGCUGAAGGAUCACUGGUGAACGUGUUCUAUUCAACGCCUUCCUGCUAUCUCCAGGCCGUCCACGAUGCUGACGUUGAGUGGCCAACGAAAAGCGACGAUUUCUUCCCGUACGCAUCGGAUCCGAAUGCCUUUUGGACUGGCUAUUACACUUCCCGGCCAACCCAGAAGCGCUACGAGCGUGAAGGAAAUCACUUCCUGCAGGUCUGUAAGCAGCUGUCGGCGAUCGCACCGACGAAGGAAACGUACUACGAGGAUCAUCUGACCGUGUUGCGUGAUGCGAUGGGAGUGAUGCAGCAUCACGAUGCCAUUACCGGGACCGAGAAACAGCAUGUCGCUGACGAUUAUGCUCGCAUGUUGUACAACGCAUUCGAGGCAUGCAGUGUCAAUACACGCUCGGCCCUCAAUCAGUUGGCUGGUGAGAGGAACAGCUUCCAAUUCGAGUGGAACUACUGCAAGAACCAAAACAUCAGCGCUUGCGACAUUACGGAAGGUGCCGAUAGCAGUGUUGUGCUGUUGUACAAUCCUCUUGGGUACAGUUCCGAUAGCUUCGUACGACUGCCAGUGCCCGAGGGAUCCUAUCUCGUGCGUAACGAUCGUGGACAAACGGUUCCAUCGACGUUGAUCCCGAUUCCAGCCUCUGUCAUCGAUCUGCCAUUCCGCGAUAGCUCUGCCACUCACGAGGUUGUGUUCCAUGCCGAGCAGAUCGCUCCCGUUGGCUACAGAUCGUACUAUGUUUCGAAGAUGAAGACAUCAGUGUCGUCCAACACACCAAUGGCAGUCAGCCAGGAGGAUAACAUUAGCAUCGGUAACGAACAUCUGACCGUCCUGUUCGACGCUGACGGAUUCAUGAGCUCGAUCGUCAUCGAUGGAGAGACUCAUUCGCUCAAACAAAACUACUUCUGGUACCAAGGAGCAUACGGGAACAAUGAGGAGUUCCGUAACCGAUCAUCCGGAGCAUACAUCUUCCGACCGAAUGGCACAGAGAAGGCAAUCACCGAGACUGUCAAGGUGCAGGUCGUGAAAACCGAUCUCGUCCAGGAGGUGCACCAGGUGUUCAACGAGUGGAUUAGUCAAGUGAUUCGAGUCUAUCCGGGCAAGGAGCAUGUCGAGCUGGAAUGGCUUGUUGGACCCAUCCCGAUCAACGAUGGAACGGGCAAAGAGAUCAUUUCUCGUUUCGAUUCGGACAUCGCUUCGAAUGGAGCGUUCUGGACGGAUUCGAAUGGUCGCGAGAUGCUGCGCCGAGUACGGAACAAGCGUGAGACUUGGGAGCUCGAGCUGCAGGAACCGGUCUCUGGCAACUAUUAUCCCGUGACCGCAAAGAUCGCGAUUGAAGAUGAGCAUUAUCGUAUGGCUGUUCUCAACGAUCGUGCCCAAGGUGGUUCCAGCUUGCAAGAUGGACAGCUGGAGCUGAUGGUUCACCGUAGGUUGCUCCGAGAUGAUCGCUUCGGAGUUGGAGAGGCUCUCAACGAAACACAAUUUGGGUCAGGGUUGGUAGCUCGUGGAAAGCACUGGCUGAUCUUUGGAAAAUCAUCUGCACCCACCGUGAAAGGAGAAACACAAAAGGCAAAGGAACGAUUUCUUCAACGGAAUGUACAUCUUCCAGCUUGGGUUUUCGUGAUCAACGCGAAUGGUUUUUCAUUCGAUGAAUUUGUCGCUCAACCGUACAAUAACUUCUCGUUUCUAUCGAGACCAUUGCCAUCCAAUGUCCAUCUUUUGACCAUGGAACCCUGGAAGGAUGGCACUGUUUUAGUUCGUUUCGAGCAUAUCUUCGAGAAAAAUGAAGAUCCUUCCCUUUCUGGCGUAGUACAGUUUGAUAUUGCUGAUCUGUUUAACGGAUAUCAAAUCAACAGUAUUCGCGAGACGACUCUGGCAGGAAAUCAGUGGAUGGAAGAUGCUCAGCGCUUGGUUUAUGGUGAAGCGAAAACGAAACAGAACGCUGCGAUUGAAGCGAAAGAGCCACACCAAACUCCUUACCAAAUCGUGCUCAAUCCAAUGCAAAUCAGAACCUAUGUCGUGAGGAUGGUUAAAGCAUAA